GAGUGCAUCAGCAUCCACGUGGGUCAGGCAGGCGUCCAGAUGGGCAACGCCUGCUGGGAACUCUACUGCCUCGAGCAUGGCAUUCACCCCGACGGCAUGAUGCCCGAGACCGAAGUCGAGGACGACUCCUACAACACCUUCUUCAGCGAGACCAAACUGGGAAAACACGUCCCCAGGGCUGUGUUCGUCGAUCUGGAGCCCACGGUGGUUGACGAAGUGAGAACGGGAACUUACAGGGAACUUUUCUCUCCCCGUACACUUAUUACGGGAAAGGAAGACGCGGCCAAUAACUACGCCAGAGGACACUACACUGUCGGCAAGGAACAGCUGGAGGUCGUCCUCGACUGCAUCAGGAAACUCCAGGAACAGUGCGUAGGAUUCCAAGGAUUCCUGGUCUUCCACUCCUUCGGUGGCGGAACAGGCUCGGGCUUCGCGUCCCUCCUGCUGGAGCAGCUCUCCGUCGAGCAUGGCAAGAAGUCCAAACUGUGCUUCUCCAUCUACCCCGCUCCACAGGUAUCCACAGCUGUUGUCGAACCAUACAACUCCAUCCUCUUCACCCACACGACCUUAGAGCACUGUGAAGUUGGUUUCAUGGUAGACAACGAGGCUAUCUACGACCUGUGCCGAAAGGAACUUAACAUCACCAGACCAACUUACACCAAUCUGAACCGCUUAAUUGGCCAAGUUGUGUCCAGCAUCACAGCAUCCCUGAGGUUUGACGGCGCCCUGAACGUCGACUUGACCGAAUUCCAGACUAACUUGGUGCCGUAUCCCAGGAUUCAUUUCCCGCUGGCAACGUACGCCCCUGUGGUCUCUGCUGAUAAGGCUCAGCACGAUGAUUUCAACGUGAAGGUCAUUACGGCUAAAUGUUUUGAGCCUUCGCACCAGAUGGUAAAAUGCGACCCUCAGCUGGGCAAGUACAUGGCCUGCUGCCUGCUGUUCCGCGGUGACGUCGUACCGAAGGAUGUGAACCAAGCCAUCAGCGAAAUGAGGAACAAGAGAACCAUUUCCUUCGUCGACUGGUGUCCUACGGGAUUCAAGGUCGGCAUCAACUACCAGCCUCCGACGGUCGUCCCCGGUGGAGACUUGGCCAAGGUCGACCGCGCCGUCUGUGUUCUCUCCAACACUACCGCCAUCAGAUCAGCGUGGGAGAGGAUCGACCACAAAUUCGACCUGAUGUUUACCAAGCGCGCGUUCGUCCACUGGUACGUCGGCGAAGGCAUGGAGGAAGGAGAGUUCUCCGAAGCACGAGAGGAUCUGGCAGCACUGGAGAUGGAUUACAACGAAGUCGAACAGAAUCCACUCAGUGAAGCCGAAGAAGAAGAUUACUAGAACACACGCCAUAGAAGAACAAAUGGAAAAAAAAAGGAUUACUCUUCGUUACCAUGACUUUGUCUCUGGGUCUACGGCCUCCAUCCUGUGCCUCUGACUCCAUCCUUCUUCUUAUUUCCUCCUUUUCUCUCUGUCUCCCGUCUUUCUUCCCCCCCCCCCUUCCCCAUCUGCUUCUCGUGAUAAUCUCUUUCCCUUCUUUCUGAUUUAUUGAACACGGAGUUCUGAUGUAAUGCUAUUUCUAAUCAUCUCUGAUUUAGAACACUGCCGUUCUUCCAGCUAAUAAUCUACACCUCCUUCCCGUUUCUAGACCCACAUUCCACUGAAAGUUUUCCUUUUAAAAAAAACUGUAUUCAAAACGGUGUUAUUUUCUAUUGUAAUAGCAUUAUGUCAUAGCCAUCUAAAGAUAAGAAACAGAAAAUCGUUUAGGUUAAGAAAAAUAAAUCAAUAAAUAUAAACACAGCAAAAAUUGCUUUGUUUUUUUUAGCAUAGAGCAAAAAUAAUUAUUCAAAGUGUUUAGCUUGUAUUCCGUUUAUUUUAUCAUCUAAAUCACCAGAGUCUUAUAGAUUUUUCUAAAAUCCCAAGUAGUUACCCUCGAUGUAGAUAGCAAUAGAUAUUCUACAUUAAAAAAAGUAAGUAACCACUCACAGUUUGUAGUUCGUUAUGAUAUAAGGAACUUUUCAUGGAAACUGGAGAACUGUGUAUAUUUUAUCCAUAUGUGAGAGUAGUUAUAGAAGAUAUAUGUUACGGAUUGUGAACAACUGAGUAAGAAUUGUAUAUUCAACGCACAUGUGUAAGCUAAUCAAAAGCACUAUGGAGCACCUAGUCACUUUUUUUUCCUUCUUUUUUCUUCCCUUUCAUCUUUUUAAUUUCAUCUUUUUCCUUAUUUCCAUGAUCAUCGCCCUUAUUUUCCGGAUUUUCUUCCCUGUUUUCGUUACCGCCACUUAUUUGCGUUAGCUUUCCUAUUUUCUUUACCUUCCUCGUUUUCUUUACGUUCCUGAUUUUCGUCAUUUUCUUCCUUAAUUUCUUCAACUUCCUCCAUCGUUUUCCUUUCAUAUUUAACCUUAUCCAAAACCUUUUUUUCUCUUCAUUUCCAUAUUCCCUUUUUACCAUUUUUUAAAACAAUUUUUUUCCCCCUUUUUUCCUUCGCCCCUUAUUAUGAACACGUUCUCUGAACAUGUUAACUUAACUGGGUCAGGUGUUUAGAGGUCAGAAAAGGUCAGACAUUCUUCUCUAGUCAGCACGACCUCAGGCUGGCCUUGUCUUUGAUGUGGCUCUAUCACCUAAACUUUUCACUGUCUGUGAUACUGUCCGUCCAAAAUUUUGCUCAAUAAAAUGAUGAAAAUGGA